AUGGAUGAAGAGCUUCAGGCCAUGGAAGACACAAAUAAUUGGUCUUUGGUGCCCCUGCCUGCUGGCAAACACACCAUUGGAUGCAGAUGGGUCUACAAAGUCAAAUGCAAAGCCGAUGGUUUUGUGGACAGAUAUAAAGCUAGACUCGGUGCAAAAGGAUACACCCAACAAGCUGGUAUAGACUUCAACGACAAAUUCUCACCCGUGGCAAAACUCACUACUGUUCGAGUGCUUCUGUCGUUGGCAGCCAUAAACAAAUGGUCUUUGCUUCAAAUAGAUGCUUUCCGUCAAUGGUUUUGCAAAUUCUCUUCAGCUUUGCUUAACCACCACUUCAAACAAUCGAGGCGCGAUUACUCCCUUUUCACCUAUGGUAGUGGCGAUCAAAUAGUCUAUCUCCUUGUAUACGUCGAUGAUAUUAUCCUGGCCAGUACAUCUAAGGACAUGCUGUACAAUUUGCAGAAGUUAUUGGAAUCGCUCUUCAAAUUGAAGAUUCUUGGUGAUUUGAAGUAUUUUUUGGGUUUGGAAUUGGCAAGAUUAGAUGAGGGAAUUCUUCUUAGCCAACGUAAGUACACCCUCAGCAUCCUUGAAGAUACCAAUUUUGCUGAAUCUAAGCUUACCUCUUUGCCUAUGGAACCCAACCUAAGGCUUAGUAGCUCAGAUGGGGAGUUGCUCAAGGAUCCUGCAAGCUAUAGAAGGCUUAUAGGGAGAUUGAUGUACCUCACCAUCUUGCGCCCGAACAUCACCUACACUGUCUCCACCCUUAGCCAAUUUCUGUCCCAACCUCACAGUGCACAUCUUCAUGCCCUUCAUCAUUUGCUGCGAUACAUUAGAGGCACUAUAGGGCAAGGAUUACUUUUUUCGGCAAACUCCGAGAAGAGACUAAUGGCUUAUGUGGAUGCAAAUUGGGCAGAUUGCCCGGAUACUAGACAGAGUGUCACUGGGUUCUGUGUGUUCAUUGGAGAUUCCCUUGUUGCAUGGCGAUCGAAAAAGCAGGCCACAGUCUCCAGAUCAUCUACAGAAUCCGAGUAUCGGGCCAUGGCAGUAGCUACUGCUGAACUCACAUGGCUGAAAGGCCUCCUGUUUGACUUUCAAAUUGAUAUUCUCUCUUCUAUGCUGUUUUGUGACUCUCAAUCUGCUAUUCACAUAGCAUCCAAUCCCACUUUCAUGAGAGAACUAAGCACAUACAAGUGGACUGCCACUUUGUGCUCGAAAAGGUGGUUACGAAGUUUAUUAGGCUCAUUCAUGUUUGGACGCAACAUCAACUAG